ACCGAUGAACCUAAAACUCAGUAGCAAGCAAAGUUACCCCUGUUAAUCUUUGUGCACGAAGAACCGCGGAAGAGUGAACACGCAGGAAGCAAACGGCAGUCAGGACGGCCGAAAAGGGGUGGACUCACGCCAGCCGAGUGAAAGGCCCGGUUGCUACAAAUAACCAGUGGAGAGUGACUAGCCUGCCUGGGAACUUGAAAGUGACUCUUAAGAAAAACUAAUGAACUCUGUGGACAUUAUCCAAAUCAACCAUAAGGGGGAGCAAAAGGGAUACAAUUACAAACUAGCUGAAGACUCUAUAGUGAUUUGUAAUAAGGAAAGUUGUGGAGAUUGUUAUUCUUUUGUGUGCUUUAGACUCUAUAGUGAUUUGUAAUAAGGAAAGUUGUGGAGAUUGUUAUUCUUUUGUGUGCUUUAGACUCUAUAGUGAUUUGUAAUAAGGAAGGUUGUGGAGAUCGUUAUCCUUUUGUGUGCUUUAUAUGUAAAAUUUGCCAAGAACGGUGGUGGGUCCAUUGCCAGAGGGGAAGACCACCAAUUGAGGUUUGUACUGAGUGCUAUAAAAACUCAGCGAAAACUAAUUGGAACUGUGCUAAGGAUAGGAGAAUUGGAAAAUCGGUGGGUCAGUUUUGGAUCUGAGUGGUGGGAAAUAUUUACCAAGGGAAUAUACCCUGAGUAUUUUUGUUUACUAACGAGCCCACUCCAUUUGCUGCUCAGAUAAUAAAAGGGUGUUGUCGAAAGGAACUGAAGGGGAUUCCUUGCAACCCACUUCUGGUCAAAGAUAAGAACUGGGAGCAGAACAAGGCUAGGCAGGAGCGGAAAAGGGGACGCUCAGGCGAAUACCGCUGCUGCCGAGAAGAUGGUUUACCUCGCGGCUCGAAGCACCCGAGUCGGCGAGCGAGGCAGAGAGGAAAAGGCCAAGCCCCCUCUAAGUGGAACAAUGCUAAAAUGCUCCAACCAUUGCCAGCCGAGUACUAGGCUCCCUCAAAGGACCAGUCUAAGUGCCUCCGAAACACCAAGGGAGCAGCAAGCCCAAAAGGGGAAAGCAGGAUGUUACGAAACAAAAACAAGGCUAGGACUCCACCCUUAUUGGCAAAUUAUUAGCUUUCUAUUGCUCUGUCCUAGUGGUGUUUCUGGUCAAGACAAUGCUGAAUGGCUGUGGUCCCAAGCCUUUACCCAAUACACUGGAUCUAUGGGAAGCCAGCCUGAUUUAGAAGGUUUAAAUUUAACAACUCUAGUCAUGCACUAUAACCAGAUAUAUACUAAGCAGGAGUGGAAAAGACAAGAGGGGUGGUCACUUCAAGGAACCAUAGGAGAGGAAAUUAAGAUAGGGUGUCGAAUGAUUAACGGGACUACCUACAAUAAAGUUAUCCAAAUCAGUGUAGAUAAUCACAAGCAUUUGAAGGUCUGCAAUCAUCCAAGUGAAUUAGACUGUUGGUAUAACUUCACAUUAAGACAAACUGUUGAUGUGGUUUGCCUCUGGGCCCACAACACCAUUGGGUUGUCUUUCAAAUUUACAAUAAACGCCAUGGCCAAGCCUUUUACAAACCACUCCAGCAUUCAAGUACACACCAAAAAUAUACCAUUCAAUCUUGAACCCAAGGUUUAUGAAAUCAGCCCAUAUGUUAUAAGAAAUACGGGUCAACAAAAACUGCUCUUUAACCCAGAAUGGUCCCUUAAACGUGUUGAACUGUUAAUGGAAACUAAUAUCUCGGCAGUUCAGCCAGCCUGCUCUCCCUUCCUAAGGUCAUCCUUUGAAAGAUGGACAAAGUGGCUACAAAAACAAGUACAUCUCCGAGGUAGAAUGCGAAGGGAUUUAACCGGGAUGUUAGGAACCGGAUUGGGGGUUUUGAAUGGGAUUGACUCUGAGAUAUUAAUGAACAAAUUAGCUGCAGCAACUAACGAUCUGACAAAAUUAACGCAGCCUUUACAGUCUUCUCUAUUGGCACUAGGAGAUAAUCAGUGGCAAGUCUCAAAGGUACUGCCAAGAUGGAGAGAUAUUGAGGAUCACGACCAUGACUUAUUGGUAGACAUGUUACAAGUGGCACAAGGGAACAUAUCUUUAGCCCUUAGUUGUAUACAAGCACAACUAUGGAUACAAUCAACAGCAGCUUUAAUCAUAAGAGAAGGAAGUGAGGGGGUGUUUCCAACUGAAGUACGAAGGGUUGUCUGGGACAAUGCCACAGACUUUGAGAGGGAUUCCCAAUCUUGGUGGACCUUGGUAAAUUUUACCUAUAAUCCCACCACUAACACUGCUACUGCCUUUGUGCUCACUAUACGGAAUGCCAUAAUUCACACUAUACACCCUAUUGUUGCCUUAGGAAUAAGUCAUGAAAAGUCAGUAUUAUACCCCUCAGAACAUAGGGUAUGGGCCUGGAAAAACCGAGGGAAAUGGCAAACCAUUAACCUAGAGCCUUGCAUUGCUUGGGAACAGCAGGGAUUUAUCUGUGAGAAUAAUUUGAUUAGCGCUCAAGACGUAUGCCUUGACACUGACCAAGGCAUUUGCCACUUUGAAAUCCGCCCAGACCCCAACCCACGAACUGUAUUAGUGUAUAUAGGUAAUGGCUGUGUGUGUUUAAGGACUCUGUGUGAUGUUAUAGAAAUUGAUAAGAACAAGGUCUCCUUGUUUACUAGAAAUCAUUCCAAUUUCUGUAUUUGCAACUUUAUCAAAGUUACUGGGUGCAACUUUAACUACUCAGCACCAGUUGUAUCCCACCAAUUAAUAAAAUCAAACUACACAACAUACAACAAAUUACCACCCACACCCAUUGGAAUGAAUUUAACCCUGGUUAAACAAUUAAUGAAACACCAAGAUCUAAUCAAAAUUAUAGAAGAAAUUCACAAGAAAGGGCAGAAAACUCUCGUAACUGUCCAUCAUGAUAUAACUGAAAUAAACAGAGUCCUGCAAAGAGUAAAAAAGGAUGCAAGUCAUAACUGGUGGGAUGCACUAUUCGGAUGGUCACCAACUGCAACUGGGAUCAUGAACACUUUAAGUCACCCCAUUAUAGUUUUACUAAUUCUAGUCGCUAUAAGUUUAAUAAUGUCCAUUUUAACACUCAUAUGGAAUUGGAGAAUGUUGCAACGCGUGGCUACUUUGACUUCGCUCUUUAGAACUCAUGGAAUCCUGCUGAAAGAAAACUGUCCUGAAGUAGAAGACACUUUACUCCUAGCAUACGAAGCAGCAAAGCGAUUUGAUGAACAAAAUGGUAAAAGAGAAAAUGGGGGAUUGUGAUAAACUGUGGUAACUUGUUUGUUCAUCAAAAGAAUUGGAAUAUUAAAGGAGGAAAUAUAAAAAUUAAAGUAUAAGGGACUAGCCUGCUUGUUAGGAGAUAGG